AUGGCACCUCCUAGCGUAUUGAUGGUUGGCACCGGCGAGUAUACUACCGGCUUCGUCGGUGGAGGUGCUUCCGGUUCAGACAAGAAGGUCGGCGUGGUCGGUCUAUCUCUGUUCGACCUGCGCCGCCGAGGCAAAGUGGGCGACCUGAGCAUGGUCGGCGUUUCGGGCAAGAAGUUCCCGGGCAUUCGCGACCACUUGCACCGUAAUAUCUGCCAAGUGUACAACGGCCUCGACACUUCGUUCACCUCUUUUCCCGCCGAUGACCAGACCGACCCAGAUGCCUACAAGACGGCUAUUGACGCUCUGCCAAAGGGCUCCGCAAUCACCAUCUUCACUCCCGACUCCACCCACUACCCAAUUGCGUUGUACGCUAUUGAGCGCGGCCACCACGUUUUGAUCACUAAGCCUGCGACCCAGCGCUUAGAACACCACCUCGCGUUGGUCGACGCUGCGCGCAAACAUGGCGUUUUCGUCUUCAUCGAGCACCACAAGCGCUUCGAUCCGGCAUACUCAGAUGCCCGCGCCAAGGCCAAGACCCUCGGCGACUUCAACUAUUUCUACAGCUAUAUGAGUCAGCCCAAGAGCCAGCUUGAGACUUUCAAGGCCUGGGCGGGCCGUGACUCAGAUAUCUCGUAUUAUCUCAACUCGCACCACAUUGAUGUCUGCGAGAGUAUGGUUCCGGACUAUAAGCCCGUGCGGGUCACGGCCACCGCUUCGCAGGGUACCGCAGCCGCUCUGGGCUGUGUUCCUGAGACGGAAGAUACUAUCACUCUUCUCGUGGAGUGGCGCCGCAAGGAUGAUCCUGCGAAGAUUGCUACAGGUGUUUAUACUGCCAGCUGGACCGCGCCGCAGAAUGCCGGCGUGCACUCGAAUCAAUACUUCCACUAUAUGGCUGCCAAUGGCGAAAUCCGCGUUAACCAGGCCAAGCGCUCCUAUGAUGUGACCACCGACGAGCAGGGACUGAUCUGGGUGAACCCCUUCUACAUGCGCUACGCCCCCGACGAAGAAGGCAACUUCGGUGGCCAAACCGGGUACGGUUACAUCAGCUUCGAGAAGUUCAUCGACGCCGUGACGGCCGUCAACGAAGGCCGAUUGACUCUCGAUCAACUGGAUGCUCGUCCCCUUCCCACUCUGCGGAACACAAUUGCCACUACGGCUAUUUUGGAUGCUGGCCGCAAGUCAUUGGAUGAACGGAGACCCGUGGAGAUUGUGUCGGAUGAUGGAAAGUGGGAGCUCAAGUAA